GCUAUUUAAAAAAUAUGAAAUAUUCUUUAAUUUAUAGAUACUAAAUAUAAAGAUAUAAAAUAAAAAUGAUAAAUAUACAUGAUUUAACUGGUUUCACAGUGAUGCAAAUUAAAUGAUAUUCUAUCAUGAAUGCGUACUUUUAGUAUUUUUUCUAAUGAAAUUUAAAAAUAAUAAUAAAUCGUAUAAAUAAAAAAAAUUGAAAAAAAUUAUAAAAAGAAAAAAUUGAAAAAAGUCAUAAAAAUAAUUAUUUAAAAAAAAUAUUGUCCCAUGAAAUUUCUUCUUUUUGUUUUAUUUAUUUUGGAAUGAAAUAUUCCGGUUAAUUUAUCAAUGAAGAUUUUAUAGAGAAAAGGAGACUCUCCUGUUACCUUUUCUCCUUUUUAGGAUUGGGUGAUGAAAACUUUAAACUCCCAAUAGAGGAGGAGACAGUAUUUUAUAUUUAACCAAACUAUGUUAUUCAAUAAAUUCUAUCUUCUACAAUCUCCUAAUUAGAAGUCCUAUUCAGAGUAGGGAACCCCAGAAAAGAAAUCCCCUAUAAGUUAACAUUCUUUACGUAUAACUCUAUUAAUCUCCUGUAGCUGCUUUAUUGUUGAAAACAUUAGAAAAUAACAUGACUCGGACGAUUGAAGACGAUGAUCCUCAGCAGCACCAGCACCAGCACCAGCACCAAUACCAACACCAACUCCAGGCACCUGCAGCCACAGUAGCAGUAGCAGCAGCUCAACCAGACACUGACCAAAUUUAUGCCUACUAUAAGCAGCAGCAGCAGCUCUUAAUACGUCGGGAAGAAGCUGCUGCGCAGCAACAUUGGCUAUUAUUACAUUUACAACAGCAGCACCAGCACCAGCAGCAACUAAGGUUAUUACAUCAAAUUCAAGCCAAUCAAUAUAUUGCAACAUUACAGCAAAUUCAAGCCAAUCAAUUCAGGCAAUUCACAUCGUUCUUGAGACGUGAUAGCUCGUUCUUAACGCCGUGGAGUUGGAAUCAUCCGGAAGCUACAAGUAACCGAGAAGGAGAGAGGAUAGUGUUUGAAUCUGGUUCAUUCUUUAGUUAUAAUAUACCAUACACUAAGACUAGGCAAGAUUAGCAGCCACCUUCGUAUCGUCUCCGAUACACAAAGAUGUCUACCUCACGAAAGAUGGAACAAUUCAAUGAGGCUGAUCAAUUCACUUCCCUUCUGAAUAUCAGAAAUUCCAGAUAAGUUUUAAAUUUUUUAUCUUACACUAUGUAUAGAAGGUGUUGUUAUCAGUUAAACCACUUGUAAUUCUUU